GCUCAUCUGAUUGAAAAACAAACAAAAACAAAAAAACUACAUAUCCCAAACUGAUUAUACCGUACGUGCCCUGGCUCUUCCGACUCGACAUUCAUUUUUAACAUUUUGCUUAUUUUCAGUGGGAAGUACACUUAAUGGUGAGGACUCUCGCGUUGACGGCUGUCACCAUGGCACAGGAGGACCAACACACCCUGCAGGCUAAAUUCGCUGCUGCUGUCAAAGUGAUCAGGAGCUUGCCGAAAGAAGGCCCUUUCCAGAUGUCGGAUGACAUGAUGCUGAUGUUUUAUAGUUACUACAAGCAAGCCACCAUGGGGCCUUGCAGCUUUACCAGACCAACAGGUUUCUGGGAGUCACAUGAAAAAAACAAAUGGAAUGCAUGGAGCUCUUUGGGAAACAUGUCUAAAGAAGAAGCCAUGAAGAUUUAUGUUGAAAACAUCCAGCUGAUUUUAGAGACAAUGCCAGUCUCAAAUGAAGUGUCUGACCUGGUGCAACAACUUGGCAACUUCUACUUGGAAGAAGAGGAGGAUGGAGGUGAAGACAAUGAGAGUGAACCUUUCACAAGGCCUUUUGCAAAGCAAGCAGAGCUGCUCAGUCCAACGAAACCUGCAUUGGAAGGCUAUGGAGAUCUGUGGGACGAUAUACAAAACUUUCAAGAAGAAGAACGUGGCAUGGGUUUUAAUGGAGCAGAGGGGGUUAAAUGCAAGGAUGAUGGUCAAUAUCCCCCAAAAGCGUGGAGCCCUGAGCCCAGGCUGAGGUGUUCAACGAGGAGGUCGAGCAGCAGCGUGGAAGCGAGCGUGUCCUCGUUGACCCACAGCUCGCUCAAUAGUGACGUGGAGGAGGAAGAGCUGGCCUACGCUAAAGAACAAAGCACGUGCAGCCCCAUCUACAUGAACUAUAAUGAGCAACAAACUGAUGCUGUUAAGAAGAACUACCACUUGGCAGACUCUGAUGAUGAGGAAUUUUGUGAUUCAAUGGAUCAUCCAGCCAUGGAGAAGAUUCUGUCCACAUCACAAAUCCGGUCAGGUGGAGCAACAUCUGCUUUGGAAAAGGAGCAAGAUCUUUGGUUUGAGAGCUCCUCCGACCUUAAAGAAGAAGACUACUUACUCCGAGUUGAUUCUUACAGUAAAGAGACUCACACAUUUCUUAGAGAUUCUCAGUCACCAAAGACCGCCUGCAGCUCUCAACUAUGGUUGCCUACCAGUGACAAUGCGUCACACUGCACACGCCCCAGCACAACUUCUCGGGGGAACGUCAAUGAGCAAAUAUUUACAGCUCUUUUGAGAUUGCAGGAUGACAUGACUGAUGUGCUACAUAGGCUGCACACUUUAGAAGAACUCACCGUAGAGCAGUCAAGAUCAUCGUUAGCAAGGUGUGCAGAUGCUCUACCUAUAGCACGAAAGUUUUUGACACCAUCUUGGUGGCCAUUUGAGUAUUCUCCAAUUACAAUGGUGAUGACAGCACUUUGGCCUGCUAUUGCAUAUGGUUUGCUCCAGCUAUAUUCACGACGAAAGAGACGGAGAAUCACUUGAGUUUAUCCUCAUAUUUAAAUAUUAUAAUCCCUGGGUGUAAUAGUUCCACUCUUGUUUACCUAAUAGAAAAAACAUCAUGGAGGAACUUUGGCUAGAAAUGACACAUGAACAUGAUGAAAAUGGCAAGAUUUGAACAUUUUGUCAGAGCUUGGUGAUUCAUCACUUAAUUUUAGUACAACAGACCAUGUUAUUUAUUAUUCUCUUUUUUUGUCAAAUGAACAAUAAAAAAAUCAACAAUUA